GAAAAAAAAAAGAGCGCCGUGUCGGAGACCACCGCCACCACCACCGGACCACCACCGCCACCCUGGGCCUCGAUCCGCGCCCGGCGACCUGCUCCUCCGGCCCUGCUGCCCCCGCCGCGUCCCGCAUUGGCCGGUCCCCGUCGAUCCGGCCUCCGUGGGGUUUGGCCUGGCCUGGCCUGGCCUGGCGCUGGCGGCGGUGGCCCUCGAGGAUUCCAUUUUUUCUGCUUGGAUUUUCUUUUCGUCCUCCGUGUGGGGGCUCGCCGUCCUGGUGUGUAGGGGGAGAUGGAUUUGGAGUCGGUCAACCCGGAGCUCGCCGAGAUCGACGGCCAGGUUGGCGACAUCCUCCGCGCAUUGCAAAAUGGGUUCCAGAAGCUGGAUAAGAUCAAGGACGCAAACCGCCGGAGCAGGCAACUCGAAGAGCUCACCGACAAGAUGCGAGACUGCAAGAGACUUAUCAAGGACUUCGAGCGAGUCGUCAAAGAUAUUGCAGGGAGUACUGAUCCUGACACUGCCAGGAUGCUUCAUGAUAGGAAACAGUCAAUGAUCAAAGAAUUGAACUCCUACGUUGCCCUGAAGAAACAACAUGCAAGUGAAAAUAAGCGAGUUGAUCUUUUUGAUGGCCCCAGCGUUGAAGAUGGAUUUGGUGAAGAAAAUGUCAUGUUAGCAUCAAAUAUGACAAACCAGCAGCUAAUGGAUCAAGGAAACCAACUAAUGGAUGAGACUGAUCAAGCUAUUGCAAGAUCUAAACAGACCGUCCAAGAGACCAUCAAUGUAGGUACAGAAACUGCAGCUGCUCUCAAAUCACAGACAGAGCAAAUGAGCAGAAUUGUUAAUGAGCUGGAUUCCAUCCAUUUCUCCAUUAAAAAGGCAUCACAAAUGGUGAAAGAAAUUGGUAGGCAGGUUGCAACUGAUCGCUGCAUCAUGGCCUUGCUUUUUCUCAUUGUUGCUGGAGUCAUAGCAAUAAUAGUCGUUAAGAUUGUAAAUCCACAGAACAAGAAUGUCCCUAACAUUCCUGGUCUGGCUCCACCAGUUAGCAGAAGGCUGUUGAGUAUUGUAGAAGACAUCUGAAUAUCAUACAUGUGAACAAAUCAAUGAAGAGCAGCUGGUGCUGUUGCUUGAAGGUCGCAACUACUUAACGUCUUGAAUCAUGCUGCUAGUGUUGUAAUAUUAUACCCAUGGGAUCCAUGUCCGAGGUACUGUAAAAUUGUAUGUUCUUAUUACUCUGACAAGCAGGUUUUCUUCUGCAAGAAUCGUAUUCUAUGAACAUUCACAUAUGUACACGAGCAUAUCAAUCUU